AUGCUCAAUUGCCAUGUCACUUUACUGAGAUCUUCCGCCACAAGUUUUCCUAUUACACGUGAGGAUCUGGACUCAGAAUCCAUUGGUGGGAUAUUUUUGGGUUCAGAUAAAGCUAGUGAUCAAGUGUGCAAGCAUGAUUUUAAGCUGGAUGAGCAGGUUGGAAUUAUUUGUCAGUUUUGCAAUUUUGUUCACACUGAUAUACGAGAUGUCAUGCCGCCAUUCAUGACUGCUGAUGGACGAAUUUCAAAUAAGGAGUAUUGGGGUAAAAAAGGUUUCCUUGAGAUGAGUGCUUACAUUCUAAAAUUAAGUACUUUUGACAAUUCCAUGUCACACUCUAACUUCGCAUCAUUUGGAGGAAAUGAUACUAUUUGGGCUUUAAUACCUGAUCUCAAAUUAAAAUUGUAUGAUCACCAGAAAAAGGCUUUUGAAUUUAUAUGGAGGAAUAUUUCUGGAUCUUUGAAUCCUAAAGACAUGGAGGUUCAGUUAGGGAGCACAGGUGGUUGCAUUAUAUCACACACACCUGGGUCUGGUAAAACAUUUCUCAUGAUUUCAUUUAUAGUAAGUUAUUUGACACUUUUUCCUAAGAGCAGACCUCUGGUACUCGUCCCUAAGAUUGCAAUUUGUGUUUGGCGCAAAGAGUUUGAGAAGUGGGGUGUUCAGUUUCCAUUGCACAUAAUGCACCCAGUUAACAGCUACAGAAAAGAAACUCUGGAUUGCAAAACAAGGACACCUUUUAUGGACCAACGAAAGCCUAACAUGAAAAUAAGUCAUGUUAUGGACUGCCUAACGAAGUUACAUAAAUGGCAUGAAGAACCAAGCAUUCUCUUGAUGAGUUACUCGUCCUUUUCCUCAAUGCAGAAGGAUUCAAAACUUGAACACAAAAAGUUCAUGGCGAGGGUGCUGCAGGAAAGUCCAGGUCUCCUGAUUUUAGAUGAGGGUCACAAUCCACGAAGCACCAAUUCAAAGCUGAGGAACCUCAUAAUGGAAGUGAAGACCAAGUCAAGGGUACUUUUAUCUGGCACACUCUUUCAAAAUAACUUUGAAGAAUAUUUCAACACACUUUGUUUGGCUAGGCCAACCUUUGUUGAUGAUGUCCUCUGGGAAUUGGAUCCAGAGAUUUCAACAUUGAUGAGUUCUCGGAGCAAAAUAUCUCAUAAAAGAAGCAGAAGGAAAGAGAAAUUAGCUAGAAAAAUAUUUGUUCAGAGAGUUGGUGAAAAAAUAUCAUCUAGCAUGGAGGAUGAAAGGAAGCAUGGUUUUGAUGUUCUGAACAAUAUCACAAGCGGUUUCAUUGAUAUUUAUGAUAAUGACAAUUCAAAUAAGCUUCCACGUCUACAAAUAUACACUCUGGUACUGAUGCCAACAGAUAUACAGAAUGAAAUUUUAUCUAGAUUGCAGACCCGCCUAAAACAGUUAGCAGGACAUCCAAUUGGACUUGAGUUGCUCAUCUCUGUUGGUUCCAUCCACCCCUGUUUGAUAAACACCAUGACCCAUGCAAAUGAAUUUUAUAGUGACAGUGAGCUGAAGAACAUCGACAAACACAAGGAAAAUAUGAUGUGCGGUUCUAAGAUGAAAUUUGUGUUUGAUCUUGUACACAAAUCCUCCAUCAGAGGGGAGAAGGUUCUGAUCUUUUCCCAUAAUAUAUCCCCUAUUAGUUUACUUGUAAAAUUUUUUGAGAAUUUGCUGGGAUGGCAUAAAGGGGAUGAAGUCUUAGUGCUUCAAGGUGAUCAAGAACUUUCCCUGAGAGCAAAAAUCAUGGAAAAGUUCAAUGGAGAUGUGGAAAAUAAAUGCAAGCUGUUAAUUGCAUCUACGUCAGCAUGUGCUGAAGGUAUUAGCUUGACUGCAGCAUCUCGAGUGGUUUUGUUAGACUCAGAAUGGAACCAUUCUAAAACAAGACAAGCUAUUGCACGAGCUUUUCGACCUGGUCAGGAGAGAGAUGUUUAUGUUUACAAGUUAUUGGCAUCAGGAACAUGGGAGGAGGAUAAAUACCGCAGUAAUGAAUGGAAAGCUUGGUUGUCAAAAAUGAUUUAUAUUGGACAAUACAUCGAUCAUAAUUCAUGCAGGAAAGUUGAUGUUGUUGAAGAUGCAUUAUUGAGAGAACUCGUGGAAGAAGACCAGGGAAAUAUGUUCAAGAUGAUAAUGAAGCAGGAUUAACUUGUUGAGUUUCAUAUGAUUUCUAAUCAGCAGAAGUUACUUAAAGGUAUAGCUUUUUCAAUGGUAAACUAACAUUAUUCUUUGAUGAAAUGGUCUAUCUGCAAGAGUAUGAUGCUGCAUUUAAUGAUUUUGACUCAGUCAUGGCAUCAGGAGAUGCCUUUCCCACAAUUAGUUUUAAGUAUAGAGAACUAAACUCAAAACCAAUGGGAUCUCAAUGUUAAAUUUAUAAAUAGUUAAGUUUUGAUUCAUUAGACACUUUAUUAUGCAGUUUAUUCACAAUUGGAAGCGAAUUCAGAAAAUCUUUCUUAAUCAGGUACUCUUAUAAGGAAA